AUGUAUUCAUUCAAUUCGCUCCGAAUAUUAUUUCAAUACAUCUUCGGUGUCCAAUCCAUUCUCCUCAACACCUUCUUGAUCUUCCUGAUUUGGAAUCGAUCCCCAAAGCAGAUUGGGACCUAUAAGUACAUGAUGAUAUACAUCUCAAUUUUCGAGAUUUUCUAUUCAAUCAUUGACGUCAUCGUCGAGCCAAUUGUGCAUUCCUAUCGAUCAACAUUCUCCGCUUUAAUGAACAUCAAGAAUUCCGUCUUAGGGCGUGAGAUGAAUAAGUGCCUUCUGGCAAUGUUUUGUGGCUUCUACGGCUUCUCGCUGGCCUUAUUCGGGGUUCAUUUUAUUUAUCGAUAUGGCUCAACUCGCCGGCAGACCCGAGACCGAUACUUCGAGAGUCGAUUCGCUAUUAUAUGGUUCUCGAUUCCUGUCAUUGCUUGUAUUAUCUGGGUGGCAGUGUGCCUACUACUCAUCUCCGAAUGGGAUGGGAUGACCACGUUCAUCAGAAAAAGCGUUCUUGACGAUUAUGAUCUGAUGAUGGAAGACGUCGUCUACAUUGGAGCUUACUUCUAUCCGAUCGACGAAAAUGGAAACCAAUAUAUUAACAUGAAAUCAUUAUAUGGAAUUAUUAUCUUAUGGACCAUUCUAGCUUCGUCGAUGUUCUGUGUCUUCUACUUUGGCAUUCGAUGCUACUACAAAAUCUCAAAGGAGAUGUCGGAGAUCGCGGUGAUGUCGAACUACGCGAAGAAACUUCAGGAGCAGCUUUUCAACGCGCUUGUCAUUCAGACGAUGAUUCCUGUGCUUCUGAUGUACUUUCCACCAAUGUAUUCGUUUAACUCGCUUCGAAAAUUUCUUCAAUACAUCUUCGGUGUCCAAUCCAUUCUUCUCAACACCUUCUUGAUCUUCCUGAUUUGGAAUCGAUCCCCAAAGCAGCUCGGGACCUAUAAGUACAUGAUGAUGUACAUCUCAAUCUUCGAGAUGAUCUACUCGAUCAUUGACAUCAUCGUCGAACCCAUUGUGCAUUCCUAUCGUUCGACAUUCUCUGCUCUAAUGAACAUCAAGAAUUCCGUAUUAGGACGUGAAAUGAACAAGUGCCUUCUGGCAAUUUUUUGUGGCUUCUACAGCUUCUCGCUGGCCUUAUUUGGGGUUCUUUUUAUUUAUCGAUAUGGCUCAAUUCGCCGGCAGACCCGAGACCGAUACUUCGAGAGUCGAUUCGCUAUUAUAUGGUUCUCGAUUCCUGUCAUUGUCUGUAUUAUCUGGGUGGCAGUGUGCUUACUACUCAUCUGCGAAUGGGAUGAGAUGACCAAUUUUAUCAGAAAUAGCGUUCUUAAUGAUUAUGAUCUGUUGAUGGAAGACGUCGUCUACAUUGGAGCUUACUUUUAUCCAAUCGACGAAAAUGGAAACCAGUAUAUUAACAUGAAAUCAUUAUAUGGAAUUAUUAUCUUAUGGACCAUUCUAGCUUCUUCAAUAUUUUGCGUCUUCUACUUCGGACUCCGAUGCUACUACAAUAUCUCAAAAGAGAUGUCGGAGAUCGCGGUGAUGUCGAACUACGCGAAGAAACUUCAGGAGCAGCUUUUCUACGCGCUUGUGAUUCAGACAAUGAUCCCGGUGAUCCUGAUGUAUUUCCCUGUCACAGCGCUCUUCUUGGUUUCGUUUUUCGACACCAAUUUUGUGUUCGCUGCAAGAUCCACCCCGAUCAGCAUUGCCUUCUAUCCAGCCAUCGAUCCGCUGCCAACAAUCUUCAUUGUCAAAGCCUAUCAGAAAGCCACAUUUGGUAAUAGUCGUAAUGGAGAUCCAUUCUUAAAGUAG